AUGAAUUUAAAUAUAAUUUUAGUUGACAUAUUUUUAAUAUUUGUAUUUAAAUAUUCUUCUAAUAAAAGAAUCUUAUCGCAUAUUUAUACUAAAUCACUUUUUAUUAAUAAAAUUAAUACUUAUAAUAAUUUAUAUAAUUCUAUAGAUGAACAAAAAGAAUCAUAUAAUAAAUUAUUGGAUGAAUUUUAUAUAAAGAAUAGAAUUAUAUUUCUUUCUGGUGAAUUAAAUGAUAAAGUUUCAUUUAAAAUUAUUUCUUCUAUUUUAAGAAUUAAUGAAAAUGAUCCAAAAUUACCAAUUAAAUUCUAUAUCAAUUCACCUGGUGGUUCUGUUACUUCUGGUAAUUUCAUUACACAAUUUCUCCAUACAUUAUUUUUUUUAGGGUUAGCAAUAUUUGAUAUAUUAAGAAGUUUGAAAAUGCCAGUAGAGACUAUAUCAUUAGGACAAGCAGCUUCUAUGGGUGCUUUUCUUUUAGCUUCUGGUACUAAAGGAAUGAGAUAUGCUAUGCCAAAUUCUAGAAUUAUGAUACAUCAACCUUUAGGUACGUUACGGUGUUCCGUUACGGUGCUUGCUCCAGCAGCUCCAAUAAUCACUAACCCCCCGAAGGGACUAUAUAGAGGAGCACAUGGACAAGCAAGUGAUAUAGAAAUCCAAGCAAAUGAAAUAUUACAAAUUCGUGAAAUAUUAAAUACAAAUUUAUCGAAUUUUACGGGAAAAAGUGUAGAAGAAAUUGAAAAAGAUUGUUCUAGAGAUAAUUAUAUGAGACCAUCAGAAGCACUUCAAUAUGGUCUUAUUGAUCAUAUUAUAAAUACACAUUAA